AUGGCUGCCUCCAAAGCCAAAGAGAGAAGGGUGAUCGCGGGGUUGGCCUCUGCGCUUGGCCUGGGUGCCGAUGAGGACGCAUUCACGGAGGAGGCGGAGCCGGCAGGGCGCAGCAAGAAGCGGCGGCGGGGCAAGGGCGCCGCCAGCAAGGACUCUGCGGAGGCCUCGGUUGCGCAGAACGACGACGCUGAGAGGGAGGAGGAGGAGGAGGAAGAAGAGGAGGAAGAGGAGGAAGAAGAGGAGGAAGAGGAGGAAGAAGAGGGGGAGGAGGAGGGAGAUGGCGAUGACGGGAGCGGCAGCGAGCAGGCUGGAGAGGAGGAGGGAGAGGAAGACAUGGAGCUGGAGGACUUUGACCUGACCAUCGAGCCAGUCAAAGUGGAGGACCCUCGCACACCAGACAUGGUGUCUGGGGAGGAGAUUGAGGAUGGGGAGGGCGUGUUCCAGUGGCUGAUUGUGCCGGUGGAGGUGGAGACCUUUUUUGAGGCCAUUCAAGACGAGGCGCCGAUGCUGGUCACCCGCCCUCAGAACCGUACCUACUUCUCAGGGCUGUUCAGCAAAGACGACAUCGACCGGCUGGUACGGGGUGGCGCCAUGCAGUACCAGAUCAACGUGGAUGUGACCAGCUACAGCGCGGGAGGAAAGAAGCGGGCCAACUUCAACUACAACGGCAGCACUGAGCCGGAUGAGGAGGCAGUGCCCGAGAUGGCAGAUGCCGAGGUGGUGUGGCGGCGGUUUGAGAAGGAGGGCUGCUCCGUGCGCCUGCUGCACCCGCAGCGCUUCUGCGACGGCCUCUGGCGCCUGGUUGCCCGCCUGGAGAGCUUCCUUCAGUGCCCGGUGGGCUGCAACGCCUACCUCACACCAGCCGGCACCCAGGGCUUUGCGCCGCACUGGGACGACAUAGAUGCCUUUGUGCUGCAGCUGGAGGGCAAGAAGCGGUGGCGCCUUCACGCACCCACCGACCCAGAGCACGUCCUGCCGCGGUACAGCAGCCGCGACUUCAGCGAGGAGGAGCUGGGCGAGUGUGUGAUGGAUGUGGUACUAGAGCCUGGUGACAUGCUGUACAUGCCGCGCGGUACAGUGCACCAGGCUGAGUCGAUGCCAGACAGCCACUCACUCCACAUCACAAUCUCCGCCAACCAGCAGCGCUCCUGGACGGUGUUUCUGGAGGAGGCGCUGCCCGAGGCGCUGCGCGCGGCGGCCCAGUCCAGGCGUGAGUUGCGCCGCACCCUGCCCCGCGACUACUUCGAGUACAUGGGCGUCAUGCACGAGCGGCCGGAGGGCGACGGGGGCGAGGAGGACCCGCGGCGCGAGGAGUUCACCCAGCACUGCGCGGAGCUCAUUGAGGCAGUGAUGCACCACAUGCCGCUGGACGGCGUGGCCGACCAGCUGGCGGUGCAGUUCCUGCAGCAGCGCCUGCCGCCACCGCCGCGCAAGGCCGCCGCCGCCGCCGCCGCGGCCGAGGGCGCCGACGGCGCGGGCGGCUCGGGCGAAGUGGGCCCUGCCACACUGGUCGGCCUGGCGCAGCCGGGCAUCGCGCGGUUGGUGAUCGACGGCGAGGGCCCCGAGCCCAUCGCCGAGGUGCACCACUGCAUGGCCAAUCGCCGCGACCUGCACGCCCACAAGCCCUCGGACGAGCAGGAGGCGCUGGAGGAGGCUCUGGAGGAGGUGGUGGUGGAGGCUGCAGGGGUGCUGGAGUUCCCCGUGGGCUGCGCUGAGCUGCUGGACAUCCUGCUGUCAGCGGGCGGCGGCGGCGAGGGCGUCCCCGAGGCGGUGGCCGUGGGCGAGCUGCCCGCGGCGGAGGACGGGUGCGGCGUGGAGGCGGCCGCGGUGGUCAGGGCGCUGCUGGAUGCGCGGGUGCUGGAGGUGAAGGGCUGA